UAAGGUACCAGAUUUUCAGCGGGUACUAUAGUAUCUGUCAAUUACUUCAAAAUAUUUUUUUGCGUUUCAAUUAGGGGCUUUUCAGCAAAUUUUCAUAAUGCAUUGCAAGCAACUGAAAUUGGGCGAUGUGUGGAGGACAUGUAACAAAAUCAGAGCGGCAAUAUUCCGAAUUGGAAUCAAUCUUUCUGAAUACUUCAAGCUUUUGGACCCGCAUAAAAAUUGUCUGAUAUCGGAGUCUCAGUUUAUUUCUGUAAUCCAUGGACAACUUGGAGGAACAAUUGGACUAUCUGAACAAGAAGUCGCCGAACUAGCAGAUUACUUUCGAGUUCCAGAUGGAAGAAUUUACUAUACUCAACUGUGUGAUGUCAUUAACGAUAGCGUACCCAAGUUUAGCGAAAAUAGUUCAAUAAUUACUGGACUUGAGUGGGAAGAUCCUCUUCAUACUAAUAGAUUAAGUAUCAGUGAAGAACGGCGGUUAAAUGUGCUAAUAACAAAAAUUGCUUCAUUGGUUAAUAUGAAGAAACUUAUUUUGAGACCGUACUUUCAGGAUUAUGAGCUGGUUUCGAAGAACAAUGGAACAGUUACAAUAGCCCACUUCGCUAGAAUUAUGGCGUACUUAGGAAUACUGCUAUCGGCUGAUGAUUUUAAUCUGUUAGUAAAAAAAUACCUUAAAGACAGCUACACAUUGAAUUAUAUUGCAUUUUUGCACGCUAUCGAUGAGGUUGUUCAGUAUUUGGACCGGAAUGGUAUUUUGGACCUAAGCGGCGAUAUUAUGGCGAUUUUUCCAGGAAGAGUUAUUAAUGCAGAACUACCAAAAUUGCCUCGACCUGAAAUUGGAAAAAUAAUGGCUUCCAAGCUGUUCGGAAAACAAAACAUAUUUCAUCCAGCUUUGGAGGAUCCCAAAAAAGUAGAACAUAUUUUAACCACCAUGUCGAUGAUUCAGGAACAUGUCUCAAGAAACAGGUUGAGGGUCAAUACAUUUUUCAAGCAUUUUGAUGUUCUUAACUCUGGAAGAAUUUCUGUGGACCAGUUCCAUCGGGGGUUAGACGCUUUAGCUUUGAACGGAAAGCAGCGAUUUUUCCUUUCAUUGCCCGACGUUCAAGCUGUGAUUAAUCAAUACAGAGAUCCGUGUGAUUCUACUAGAGUUUGCUGGAAAACAUUUGAGGAUGAUGUAGAUCACAUAUUCACAAUCCAAGAAUUGGAGAAAAAUCCGAAUGUGGAAGUAGAGAUACCCCAACCAAAAGACGACUUAGUCGAGGCUUCUAAAUUAGGAGGUAAAGACUGGCAAUCUGUCAAUACCCAGCACAGAAGCCUGUGUGAAGACGCCGUGUAUAAAGUUAAGCAAAAGAUAAUCCACCGAAGAAUUUUGCUGAAGCCAAUGUUCAAAGAUUUUGAUAAACAUAAUAAUGGUCAUGUAAGCCGAAACCAAAUGAGACAAGCUCUGAAUUCCAAUGGGAUUUUGCUAUCUGAUGAAGAACUUUUUGCUUUGGAGGAACGGUUUAAAAAUGAUAUGGGCUUUAAUUAUGUUUGGUUCUUAAAAGAAGUAGAACCCAAACCAACUGAUGAACCACUCUAUGUUAGCUUCCUCGAAGACAUGAAGCGUCUAAAUUCUGAAACACCGAAUAAACCUCCGUCUAGACAAGAAAAGGAUAUUGUUCAAAUUUUAGCGAAAAUCAAAGGGAAAGUUGUUAGGGAAAGAAUACGGGUCUUGGAGUUUAUGAAAGAUUUUGAUAGGUGCAACGAACAAGUAAUAAGUCGAAUCAAUUUCCAUAGAGGCCUUAUAACUUGCGGAUUUGAACUAACACGCAACGAAGUAGAAACCCUUAUGGAAGUAUUUGCUUCUCCAAUGCGACAGGAAUGUGUAGAUUAUCGACGAUUUGCCGAAGUAGUUGAAGAAGCGUUUACGCAGUCUUGUCUUGAAAGAGCUCCUCUCAUUGUGCCGAUUCAACAUGUACCCACUAAAGACUGCGAGAAAAAUUUCCUCAAUUUUGAUGAAAGAUUGGUAUUGGGAGUCGCUAUGCAGAAACUAUCAAAAAAACCUGAUUUGAAAAUGAACCUGUCAUCCGUUUUAAAAGACUUUGAUAAAUCAAACUGUGGGACUGUUUCGACGACACAUUUUUUGAAGGCGCUUACAUUAAGAGGAAUGUACAACCUCAUUUCAAACAAAGAAUUUGAUGUCAUUUGCAAGUGCUUCGGAUUCGAACGAGGAAUGAGGCAUGAAGUCGACUACAGGGCGUUUAUGAAAGCGUUAGAUAUUUUAUAUGCCACUGAUAAAUAUAAUCCUUUCUAAAUAAUCUAAUACAUGAGACAUUUUGGUUCAUAAGGGCAAUCAAAAAGACGUAAUUCUUGUUCCUAGUUCCGACCUUGGUUUUUAUUACCUUUUAAACGAUAUAAAAUGCAACAGUUGACCAAUAAAAAAUUUGGGGGUUUAAAAAAGUACAGGGUGAUUUAUGUAGACCGUGCAUUAGAAGUUUGUUUUUCAACUUGCAGUUGAUUUAGAAACUUCAAAUUUGGUUCCGGUCAUACCGAGUAACUGCCGCAACUAUGUGAGAUAUAUUUAGCCCUCUCUAUACAGGGUCUACGAAACCUAUAGCCUAACUUUCUUAUUUUACAUGCAAACCCCUAAUUUAUUUAGCAUGGUAGAAUUGCCUCUCCAAUUCUACCGAUUACGCUUUACAAUAAACCGAUUUUAAUUUGUUUACUGCAAAACGGGACGUCGAAAAUUGAACAGAAAUUUGAAUUAUCAUGUUUAUUGUUUGAAAAAUCAGUGGCGUAACAUUCUUUUUAUUUAAAAUUAUCCACAGACAAGGAACAAGGAACAAAAAUUUUAUCACAAAACAAGUAUUGUUGUUAAGUGUUAAGCCUGUAAAAUUUUAUUAAAAUAUUCCAAGCGGUUUCCGUA